UGGCAUUCUUGUUGACUUCCCAAGCCCACCCGAAACACUGUCCCGCCAUGGCCAAAGCGAUGCCCCCAAAGCUGGUCGUGGCGGCGCGUGCCGCCCUGCUGGGCCUAUGCAGCCUGCUGAGCCUUUGCAGCCUGUGGCGCUCCGGUGAAGAUGAGCUCGACGCGCGGAGCCGCGCGCGGCGGCUUGGCGCUUCGCCGUUCCACUGGGCGCGGCAGGGCUGGGAGGCCUUGGCGGCGACGAAGCUCUUGCCGGGGCCUUGUGUGGUUCAGGAGGUGCAGGGCACCGUGCAGGAGCUGAUCUGGAGCAGCGAGGACUUGGUGCGAUCGCACUGGAUUCUUCUGGUCCUGGGAGUGCUGGGAGCUUUGGUGGGAGCUGCGGCCUUCAUCCUCAAAGAGUACCUUGCCAGGAAUGCCACUGCUGUGUACACGUCCUUGUUGCAGAUGGAGGGUGAGGGUGAUGAGGGCACUUUGAUGGCAAAAGGUGAGGUGGUUUUGAUGGUUGGAUUUUGGGUCGCAGACAUGUUGUCCGAUGUCUAUGUCACGUACUCCUACUUCAAGAGUGGCCUGUAUGUGUUCGGCAGCCUUCUCAUCACUAUUUGGCUGGGAAGCGGAUGCAUCGCGUUCUUGCACCGUCGUCUCAGCUGGCAACGGUGCGAUUCUGGCAUAAAGGCUGACCUCUAUUUUUCGAACUUGAAUGAACAGGGUGAACCGCUGCCCACUUGGACAACGUUGAUGCUUUACCUCCUACAAGUCGAGCCCAUCAUCAUGGCCUACAAGUCGUGGGGAAAAGCACUGAGCAAGAAUCUCCAAGAGGAGAAGAUCCUGUCCUCGCUUUGUGAGGGUGCUCCCUCAAGUUUACUGCAGAUCUACGCCUUGAUGGUGAGCCAGCCCAGCGGAAAUCCAUACUUGUUGGCAGGUUCCAUAGCUUUGUCAAUUUUCACUGUGGCCAAGGGCCUCAACAAGGCCUAUGAACUCUGCAUGCCUGAAGGUCGCAAGGUGGAAAAGGCCCUUCUUCCACAACCCGCCCUGCUUUUGUUCCGCAUGUGCGAUGGCUUUGCCCGGCUCGGGCUCUGGGCCUUGCUGGGCUUUUCUUUGCGGCCCUCUGGUGCGGCAAAACAGGGGAUCCAGCAGCCAUUCCUGCCCCUCAUUAUGCUCGCAGAGCUUUUGAUCGUCGUGCUGCUUUUCAAGUCUAAAUCCUUUGGACUUGACCUCAAGUGGUCCGCCCUGUGGGCGAAGAACUACUUUGUUGGCAUCAUAGCAUGCUUCCUGAGCACCUUUUGGUGCUUCUUCAACAGGCAGUUGACUGCACAAAGGCGCUUCUUUCGAAGCCUGCUAGCCUUCCGCACAUGCGAAGCCGUUGGCAUCAUCGUUCUUGCCAUUCGCAGCUUCUCUUCACCGCCUGGAGAUGAAUGUGCCCUGUCAGAGAAUCCGUCCAUUACCAUUAUCGGGCUCAUGGCUUCCAUGUGCUACCUAUUCAGCCUUCUCCUUGCCAUUUGCGAUGAUGCUGCACUAUCCUGCUGCUGCGUGCCCAUUUUUCCUAUGGUCAGUGGCUGGCAAGGCGGCCGGUUGGAGACAGCAGCACGCCUGGGCUUUGCAGCCCACGUUGACCACCUGUUUGAGCAGUCUGAGCCCGCGGAACGAGCUGCGGCGCUGUGCCAGGCGGCCGAGGCAGGCCAUGUGUCAGUGGUGCACACCUUGCUCCGCAAGAGCACUUCCGCUUCUGCAAUCUGGGAAGGCACCUCGGCCAUGCAUUGCGCCGCCAAAGCAGGUCAGCUCGAGGUCAUGAAGCUGCUGAAAGACAAGGGUGGCGAUUUGAAGGCGACAGAUGGGAAUGGAGCCACGCCAGCCUUCAUUGCUGCGGAAAAUGGCCAGGCGCAAGCUUUGAGUUUCCUGCAGACUUCUGACUGCGACCUGGAGAAGGCCAACAAGUUUGGACAAACUCCGGCAUGGAUUGCCGCAUCGAAUGGACACCUGGAGGUGCUGAAGUUGUUGAAGGGUUGCAAUUGCAACCUCAAAGCCAGAGAUUCAGGUGGAAGAGGAAGGACUCCAGCUGACGCUGCGGCCGAGCACGGCCAUGUGGACGUUUUGCAGCUUCUCCACGCCGCCGGCUGCGACCUCGCGGCGGCGAGCAAGUAUGCCGCCCAGGAAGGGCACGUUGAGGUGCUCCGCUUCCUGCAGAGCUUGGCGGUGGACCUGGACAUGGUCGACGCCAAAGGAGUGGCCCCGUGUCACGCCGCUGCGGCGACCGGCCAACUGGAGGCCCUGCGGUUCCUGCACGCUGCUGGCUGCAACAUGGAGACGGUGGAUGAGGAUGGGGUGACUCCUGCCCAUUUUGCUGCCAGAGUUGGGCAUGUGGAGACCCUCAGGUUUCUCCACAGUGUGGGAUGCAACUUGGAGACGGUGAACAAGCAUGGGGAUACUUCUGUCCAUGUGGCUGCCAAAGAGGGGCAUGUGGAGAGCCUCAAGUUCCUCCACAGUGUGGGAUGUACCUUCAAGGUCACCGUCCUCCAUGCAGCGAUUGAGAGGAAUCAGCUUGCUGCGGUACAGUUUUUGAUUGGCAUCGUGGAUGUGAACAUGCCGGGCUUGGGUGGAGCCUACGCCCUGGACAUCGCCAAAGCCAAUCACUCCAGCAGUGCCCUGACCGCAGUUCUGGAGAAGGCGGGUGCCAUUGGUGGACCUCAGCCACAACUGGUCGGACUCACCGCUCUGAAGCCGCGGCAGCCACCAUCAACUGGUCUAACCUGGUUCACCUGUGGUUUGCCCGAGCUUGCCCAGAGCGGCGGGAAGUUCUACUACGAGAUCCAGUUCCUCAGCGAUUUCAAGUGUCCUCAAGUUGGCUGGGCGAGCGCCCAGUUCCAGCCAGGCGAAGCCGGUGAUAUCGGAGUAGGAGAUGAUGCGCACAGCUGGGCCUUUGACGGCCAGAGAUGUCUUUGGUGGAAUGAUAGGGAGAAGAAGGCCUUGGAGAUUUCCAGAUGGAGCAGGGAGGACAUCAUUGGCUUGGCCGUGGAUUUGGACAACCACGAGAUGCAGCUGCGCACGAAGCACGGAACAGAAGCCACCAUGCCUUUCCAUCCUGACGGGCCCGUGUACCCAGCAGUAUCGGUCAUAGGCCUGUUUCAAAUGCGCUUGGCCAAAGAGAGCUGGAAGCUACAAGCCCCUGCCGGUUACAACGAGUGGAGCCGUGGAGAUUUCGCAUGGACCAACCAAGUUGUCCUCCCGACUUUGCUAGGAAGCCUAAGAAGCAAGGCUGAUGCAAAGACUUCGCCUCUCUCUUAGUUAAGUUAAAUAGCUAAUUGGCGCAGCUGCGGCCAAACAGUGUCCAGUGUCAAACUGCUGCUGAGGUGCAGUGCCUCUGCCGUUAUGCCAUGGAAUUGAAC